AGUAAUAAAGUCAGUCAUUUGCGUUGUUCCUUUAUCAUAAAAAUUUUGUUAUUUUCACGCUAUCUGUUAUAAUUAACUUAUAAAGUACAGACAAAAAAGUGUGAAGUAAACGAUUGAAUUCUUUAUUUUGAACAAAAAAAAAUACAUCGCCUUAUGUUGCUGUAAUUGUCAUGCGUGUGUUUUGUUUGGUCCUUGCUGAAAAUAAUAUUUGUACUUAGAUUUUACGUAAGAAGGCCAGUAUCUUUAACAAAGUAAAUCAAGCUGCAAAUUGCAUAGCAACCAAACAAAAUGACAAAAAAGUCUAUAUCACUUGAAAUCGAUCAUUCGAUAAUGGAGAAAAACAUGAGAAUUGUUAAGGAUAAUCCAGUAGAGGAAGAGUUUAAAAAACUCUUAGCGACAGUGGAUCCAGUGCCUUCAAAACUUGUAAAACCAAGGCCAGGAUUCUGCGUCAAGACAUAUUCAAAGCCAGAUAACAAGAAGGUUUUCGUGAACAUAUGUUUAACUGAAGCUAUACCCUGUCCCAGGGACAUAACAAAUGAUGAGCUCAUGCAGAUACUCAGUUCAGACGAUCCGUCCAGUUACAGGGUCCCCAUGAGCAUCGGUGAAGGCAGAACCGAACAGGAUAAGUCAGGAGCUCCAGCUACAGUUUACGAUGUUGCCAUUAACCCAGAAUUCUUUAAGAAAGUCGAAAACGACGAUUUAUUCCGCACAUUCUUCCUGACAGUUGUAUUUGAAGGCCUCCAAGACAAAUAUCAGUUCGAAUUGGACGGUCAAAAGUUUACUAUAUUGAAACACAGAAAGUCUAUUGGUACAUUACAAUCUCAUAGAAUACAAAUAAGAGAUAUUAAGAAAUGUGAAGAGAACACUAAAUCGCCUCUCAUUGAAGAGAUUGAGGAGAAACCUGCCAAAAUUAGUGAGAUAAUAGAUAAUAAGAAAAAGGAAAUGAUAUAUAGACUCCGAAGAGAGCCUCCGACAGGGGAAAUCGAAUAUCUGUUAGCUGAAUUUAAAAUACCUAGUGCUAUUGAAAUGAAAGAUCUGAAUUUAGAAGUUGGUGAAGAUCGUUUGGUUCUCGACUCUAAAGGGAUGUAUGAACCAGUGGAUAUCUUUCUGCCUUGCAGUGUAGACCAAGAUGUAAUAGAUGCCCAACUCAACAGAAAUAACGAUAUGCUGUCCGUAAAAAUGCCUGUAAUUCAUUAGUUCCAUCCAGUCAUAGUUCCUAAUUUAGUUUAUGAUUAAAGCAUUAAUAAACAUA